CAUUCCGUCCAGUGUCGAGCGUCAGUCGUUGAGCGCGGUUCGAGUCGGCUGUAUGCCACGUGCGGCAAGAAACAUUUCAAGAUCGAACAGAACCUGUUCACGGUAGAAUCCAGUGAGGCGGCACUUGGGUAUCGUGUGCGAAGUCGACGGAAGGACCUAUUUGUUACAAGUGCAUCAAAACGGAAGAAAGUGUAAAUAACGGCACCGGCGGUUGAUGAGCGACAUGCACAUGAAAUUUAUGAGACCGGGAUAAAGUGCACAGCUAGUGGCUUCUCAUACUCUCUCAUACACUCACUCACGGUAUGUGUGCGCUAUAACAAAAAAAAAAGACGAAAGGUAAUAACAAUCGGUGCAGGCUCGGUACCCCACAUGGAAUAAAAAGUGAUACGCUGAAGGAAAGCGACAUUUAUGCUCUGUAACGUGCGAGGAUAAUGGUUUAAGUGUUUAUGGUGAAGGCUCAUUACGUGAUACUUCAGUGCAAGGGAAAAUUAGAAGAGUAAAGAGUGUGUGAAGUGGUGGGAAAGGUCGCCCAGAUGCGAUCGGCGUGACAAAUGCGGUAAAGUGUGACUGAGUACUACUGUUACAAAUUAGUCAUUAGGGGAUUAUACGGAUUUGGAUAUCGUUUGGUGGUGUGGUGCGAGCCUGAGUCAUUACCUGAGGAUGUGAUACCGCCAUUCGGGAGUUCAGAGCCGCCUUCCCUCGUCAUCGAAAACGUUCCUAUCAUCCCGACAGCUACGAGGGAAAACAUUUGCUUCCGCAAUCAGAUGCAACAUCUCCAAAGAAGAAUGCAUCGGAAACAUCGGAUGUGCAACUGAAUGGCAUCAUAAUUGAGUGACAUUGGGAAAAGACGAACGAAAACGAAAAAAAAAACCAACAUUUCCCAACCAUACAACGAAAUGUGGUUGAACAGCCGGAAAAUGCUACAUGUGCAUAAUGGAAGCAUGUACGUUAUUCAGUUGAAUUGACGACUCGCCGCUUAAGUGAAGUGUUUCAACAUCCCGCCCGUGUCGGUCGUAUUUCGUACUUGUUGAGUGAGCUGUAAUUUCGGCGCUGGACUGGAAUUAUUCGGUUUGACUAUGGUCCGGUUCGCAGUAACGCCGCAAAGGACCGAAGCUGCUGGAGCUCGCAAUUGAUGUCUUGUUCCUGUCCAGUGCAUAAUACAUAGCACAUUAAAACAUAACACAUUGUUAAACUUGUUCGAACCGCUAUUUUUGCAAAGUGGUACAGUGCCGAAUGCGGAGCCGAAACUGUGAAGCAAAGCACCGACGUGAAAUCAUAAAUUUCGCCUGCUAGGACAGGUAAAUCCCAUUGUCGGUGAAAAGUGGAUGUUAAUUAUUUGUGGUUUAGAGCGUGUCUAAAAUUCGGCUCAAUAUAAAGUACAUUCCGGAAUCGUACAAUUUCUAUAUUUCAACCCGUCGGAACAACAGUUCUGUGCGUUUGUGAACGACGCCAAACCAAGGCAGUACCUCAGCCCAUCAGAUUUACCAUUGCAAUCAACAUUUCCAUAGCGGAACGAAUCUACAAAUACAUCAAUGGAAAGAGAGAGAGAGACGUUACUACACUCUGAACAGGACUCAUCUUAUGCCCUAUAACAGCAUUCAGUUUCGUCGUUGAACCGCAGUAGAAAAGUGAUCUCGUGCAGUAAAAAAAAUCAUCACCCGCAUUCUCACAUAAAGCGAGUUUGCAACUCACUAAUGAACAGCUUUUCAACGCGGUUAUCUUUGCAAGCUUUGCAACUCUAUUUGUGCCAACCAAAGCACCACAGUCACGCGGGCACCAAUUAGGACCAGACGGGCCAUUCAAACGAUUGCGGAGGGCCGUACAAUGGCGGACUUCAAUCAAGCACCCAGCAGCGGGUGGUGGUGAGGAUUCCGGGAAAAAACUUCGUCAGCCAGCAGCUGCGUAUCGCCACCAUCGCUCAUCGUUGCGCCCGCAUGCACACAACAGGUGUAUGGGAAAAAAAUAUGUGUCAUUCUUUGUGACGGAUUCAACAUUAACAUCGCAAAGUGAGCGGUCUAUAACAGUGUAUUCAAUACUCCGCACGUGCCAGGGUGCGGCUUCCGUAGUACAUCUGCGACAAGAAGGCAGAAAAAAAGCGCCCACGCUCCGUCGGUCGUGAAUGAAAGUCUUUUGCCGGAUUGUGUAAACAAGGGCCAAACCAGAUGACAAUUCCAAUAUACAUGCACGUCCUGAUGCCACCCAAUGUGGCAGCAGUUGUGUGAACAAGCACAACGAACGAAAAGGCACUUCCGGCACUGCGAACGGCAAAGAGCUUGCGGUGGGUUGGGUAGAAACUUCCGAUUAUUCCGGUGGUAAGCCGACCGAAGCGCAACAAAGCACAACUUUUUCCUGAUACCUUACUGGUUAAUUAUAAAUGCACAAGCAGCGCAGCUUACCUGCAUAUCGUCGCCACAGUCAGGUGCAACGCUAGCCACAACGCUAGUUGUAGAAACAGGAACACGAUCCGUACCGCAAUAAGAUACGCGCGCCAGGACUCAUUCAUCUUCCAGUGAACAGAACGGGAAGGACAGAAAAAAAACAAUCGUGGUAAAACAAAACGAAGGGAAAAUAAAUGACUAGCUUGGAGCUAGCGGAUUAAUAUGGCUUGGAGAAACGUUAUGAGCAACGGAAUUUGCUCCUGCUGUUGCUACUGCUGCUGUAAUCAGAAGCAAAUACUCGCUGUGAUACUAAUUUUUACAAUCGCAAUGGGAGCACCCCACUCAGAUACCGGCUCGAUGUCGGCCAACUACUUGACCCCGAUGUCACCGCAGGGACAUUUCGCAACCCGGAACAACACAAAAGUCACGGCACAAAAAGGUGGCACCGCGUUACUGCCAUGCACCGUGCUGCUCCAAAGCUCCGCACUGGUCUCGUGGGUACGACGCCGGGACUUCCAAUUGUUGACAGUCGGUUUAUCCACGUACAGCAGUGACGAACGCUUCCUGGUGGAACACAUCCGGCACAUGGGCCAUUGGGCACUCAGUAUCAAAGCCGUUCGCGACGAGGACCGUGGACUGUACGAGUGCCAACUUUCGGUGCAUCCUGUGCAGUCUGUGUUCAUUGAACUGAACGUUAUCGAAGCCAUUGCGGACAUCGUCGGAGCCCCGGAUUUACACAUUGAUGAAGGUUCAACGUUGCGAUUAGAGUGCAAACUGAAACGAGCGACCGAGUAUCCUGCUUAUGUGUUCUGGUACCACGAGCAAAGUAUGGUAAACUUUGACCAGCAGAAUGGAUUUUCCGUAACGCCAUUCCAGACUGCUGCCGGGGCAGCAUCAUCGGCCGAAGCAACCGAAACCGGUGGACACCUGCAUCUGCAUCAUCCCAGUGACCACCAGCACCAGCAUCAGCAACUGCUGCACCAUCGCCUUCACAUGCACCGACAGCAUCACCCUCAGGGAACCGCUCUCGACGAGGACGACGGAAGCUUCGGUAUGAAUGCACUUGAUGCGAUGGGACCUCCGAUGCUGCUGGAUCCCGCGUCCGGUAUGACAGAACCCGGUGCGACUGAGCUGACUAACCAGACCGGCGAAAACCAUCAUCAGCAGUGGCUGAACCACAGCGGAUUUCUGCCGUACUCGCACAUCCUUUCGCCCGUCACCAGCGUACUAACAAUCAAGGAGGUUCAUUCGAAACACGCCGGGAACUACACAUGUGCGCCGUCCAACACGCGGUCAGCCAGCAUCAUCGUACACGUUCUGCAAGGUGAGAAGCCAGCCGCUAUGCAGCACGCCAACCGGAGCCAGCUGGACACGGACAGUAAAGCGAAAGGCAGUGCCUCCAGCGCUCAUUCAUGCCACUCGCAGUAUUCCUUUCCGAUGCCGCUGUGGGUGCUGCUGUUGAUGCUGUUGCUGCUGAUAUGGCCGGGUACGGUUGUUCCGCUAGUAUUUCAACUCGGCCACCACCAGCCGACACUGCGACUCGCUUGGGCGGCUCUUACCGUGCAUAGGUGAAACUGGUUGCUUCUAGGCCCGCAACACGACGGCAGGACCUGCCGGCUAAAUUAGGUUAAACGAGAGCAAAAAUAUUAUAUCUGUGUGGAUGGCAGGUGCAAAGUGGAUGCAAAAACCGUAGAGCCAACCAGCAGGUAAAGGUAUACAAAAUGUCGAAACAAUGCAGAGCGGAAGUCAAACUGGAAAAUGAAAUGUAAAUUUAAUUCUAGGUUGAGGUCGUACCACGUUUUUGUAUACCAAACUUCUCUGUUUAGUAUAAUUUUAUUACCUGACCAUGAUUUUAUUCGCCAAAUGAUACAAAAAAAAUCAUCAUUCGUUAAAUUGAAUAAGAUAAUAAAAAGCUGAUUAACCUAACCAUUGCCCUUGUAAAUAAAUAACAAAAAAACUGUACAGUAAUUCUCUCUGUGUUACUAAUGAAAAAGACUAUUGAUAGUUGAAUAGUUUAAAAAGAGUGUAUGGAAGAACUAGAUAGAGAUCAUGCUAUUUUGGCGGCAACCAAAAUCAAUAAUAAAAUCUUGGAAUGAAACAAAACAUCAAUGCCAGAAAAAGUAUUAUUCAUAUACAGUGAUAA